GCUGAAGAGGGAGCGUUUAGGUCCACAUGACUGGCUCUCCAUACCCGUGCCUGGAGGCCAGGACUGGUUGGUGGUGCCCGGCUUGGAGCCAGAGACAAUAUACCAGUUCAGCGUUCUGGCCCAAAACAAGCUUGGCACAGGCCCUUUCAGCGAGGUUGUCACUGUGAACACACUAGUAUUUCCUAUAAGUACCCCUGAACCAUUGGUGCUGCUUACCCCACCACGGUGCCUCACAGCCAAUCGCACACAGCAGGGAGUUCUGCUCAACUGGAUCCUGCCUGCCAAUCAUACAGCACCGAUCCAGCAUUAUGUCAUGGAGUUCCGCCUGGGGGAGCGAUGGGAGGUCUUAGACGACAGCAUUCCUGCUGGGGAGACAGACCUGCUCGCCCGAGACCUCAUCCAGGAGGCCUGGUACGAGUUCCGCGUCAUGGCCGUCAUGGAUGACAUCAUCAGUGAUCCUAGUAACGUAGUAGGUGUGUCCAGCACAG